GAACAACUAAAUGUCAAAUCAAAUAAACAGAGAAGAUAAAAGAUUUUUUUACGCUCAUUAUUGCAUAUUCAAUAAAAGUCGCUAAAAUAUUUCCAAAGGAAAGGUUUUCGUAAAUUUUAGAAUAUUAUAAAAUACAAGCAUCGUAUUCUUGUUAUUGGUUGAUUAAAUAAAAAACUAACAUAAUGUCCACUCUGAGUGAAGAACUAGUGGAGCGUGUCGUUGAGGUAACGGGUGCCAGUGCAGAAGAGGCUAAGCAUUUAUUGAGUGCCUGCAAUAGCGACGUGGAGUCAGCUGUUGCCUUAUAUUUUGAGCAGGGCGGCGGAGCUCCUGAUGCAGCUGUUGCGGCCGUAGUAGAUGAUGAAGACAAUGUUCGUGCGCCCAUCGCACCGAGACGAGAGCAAUUAAUUGGACCUGAAGAUGACAAUUUUUUAACUGCACCUUCUUUGCCCAAUUCGGGACGUAUGCAACGUAUUAAUCAGCGUGUUAAAAUAUGUCCAUUUCGUGAUUUUGCACGUGAAGGUGCGCUAAUGGAGGAACAAUUGCAAGCAGACACUUCUGGUGCAGCAACAUCAUCAAAUGGUAUCCAGAGUCGACGUUGGGGCAGCGCUAGAGCUGCCUCCAUGGUAACAGCGGUUUCAAAAGGGUCGUCAGCGAGCUCCAAGCCUGCAACUACUUCACGCUUGGGUGAUCUUUUCCGUCCACCAACCGAUAUAUCAUUCACUGGUACUUUUCAAGCAGCACGUGCACGGGCCACUGCACUUAGCAACUGGCUCUUGGUUAAUGUUCAAGAUGACAACUUCAAUUCACAAGUACUAAAUCGUGAUGUCUGGGCCAAUAAAGAAGUGCGGCAAGUUAUUAAAAGGAAAUUCUUAUUGUGGCAAAUUGAUACGGAUACCCCGGAGGGUCGUCGAUUUGUAACAUUUUAUCAUUGUGCUAAUUUGCCCUACGUUUGUGUGGUCGAUCCACGCACUGGCGAGGAAAUGUGGAAGUGCAUAGAUCCCAAAGAGUCAAAUGUGCUUAGUGGCUUGCGUGAUUUCAUAAGUGAACAUAAAGAAUUUUCUGACGAUGGCGCAGACGAUAGCCCAUCAACUUCUAAGCGCACUAUAACUGUAUCAGAUGAUGAACAGGAAGUCGAAGGAGCAGCAGAAAAGAAAAAGCGCUUACGAUUGCUCGAUCUAACAGAAGAGGAACAAAUAAAUUUAGCCAUAAAAAAUUCUAUGCAAGAAAGUGGCUGUACGAAUGGUAAACGCAAAAGUGCUAGUAAUAUUGGGGAUGAUGAUGAUGGAGAUGAUAGUAGUGAACUAGAGUCAUUGGAAGAAUUUGGAGAUGAUGAUAGCAAAAGUGCUUAUGAAAAAACGAAGAUUUCCUAUGAAGAUCAACUUGGAAAAGCUACUAAUGAACUGACAGCACUUCGAUUACGUUUACUCAAUGCGGAGGGCAAUGAUGAAGUUGUACAGUUGCGUUGGCCCUCAGAUACACUGCUGAAAGUGCUUAGGCUUUAUAUUGGCGAAAAGCAUACCCAUGUUACAAAAAAUGGUGGCACAUACAAAUUAAUCUGUGCUUUUCCGCGUAAAACACUUGAAGCAGAACAUGAUGGCUCGUCUAUAAAGGAAUUGGGCUUGCAUCCUUCGGCGAAUUUGCAUAUAACAUUGGAUGAGUGAUGGCUUGGAUAAUAUAACAAACUAAUAAGCAUUAUAAUUAUUAUUAAAUAUAAUUAAAUUUAAUUCAAAAAUAAAAACAUACAAACAUACAUAAAAAUAUAAUUAAGAUACACCAUCAUAAAUAUAGCGAAUAUGUAUGUGUUUGUUUUUUAAAGGAUUCUCUUUUUGUGCUUUUCACAAUUUUAGCUUUUGGUAUCAGUUUGUGAUGCUCCAUUUAUUUUCAAUCAAAUAUUUAUGUGUUUGUUAAGAUAUUCGUAAAGGAUUACAGUAAAGAUUUUAACAUGAACAAGUCCCCUAACAUGCACCUAAAAGUGUAAAAGUUAAUAAAAUAUAAAACGGAAAAUAUUUACAAAUAAAACUAAAUUUAAU